AUGGGGAACAUACACCAGGCCGGCGUCAAGAAAGAUGACCAUGGCGGCGGUGACAACCAGCAGCUACAGGUGGUCUCCGUUCUCGAGCUCCAGGCCGGCGUUGUGGAAGACCAGCCGCAGCCGCCUCUUGGCGGAUGGCAUGCCGUCGAGGCAACCUCCAUGUUGGAAAAUUGCAAGACAAACAGUACUGCUACAGAUGGAGGCACCAGCAGCAGGAUAGAUAUCCUCGGGCCUGCAACAGAACAGAAUAUCCCUAAACCAAGUGAUCCUCUUCAUCCAUGCCCGCCACCACAGUCGCUGCCGGAGGGUGUGCAGUCCGUGCUCAACACAUCACGGGUCAGAUACGAUAAUCCAUCAUUCACAGACCUGAUUAAGUUUAGUUUGUUACCGAUUGCAGGUGAUACAAACAUCCGAGAUCCACCGAAAUACAAAAUUAGAAUGAAGGGGAUUGAUGCACCAGAGCUGGAUAUGGAAUAUGGUAUGGAAUCAAAGGAUGAAUUGGUGAGGCUUAUUGGGGGGAAGCGUGUUUCGAUCCUUGUCUAUGGGCUAGACAAAUAUGGACGGUCUCUUGGUGACAUCUACUGUGACGGCGUCUUUAUCCAAGAACAAAUGCUGAAAGGGGGCUUUGCCUGGCACUACAAAAUGUGCGACAAACGUCCUGAAUUUGCAAAAUGGCAGAGAGAGGCGAAAAAGGCGCGCCGAGGGCUUUGGUCAUUAGAUAAACCUCAGAAACCAUGGAUUUGGAGGAGAGAUAAUCCGCGCAUCGACAACAAGAAGGGGAAUGUAGAUGACAUUCAGGUAGAACCGCAGAACCAGGUCAAUGAGAGCAGUGUAGCUCUACCAUUGCUGAUAAUGAAAGAUAUGGAGGAUCUGGGUAGGAAAUGGAAAGGGAGUUUGGGAAAUUUUGUGUCCGAGAACAUGAAACUACACGAUCAGGUCCAGGAGUUAAAGAGAGAUAAGGAGGAGGCUGAGGAACGUGCUAAGAAGGCAGAAAAAGAAAUGGAAAGUGUUGUGGCUAACAACAUGAAGCUGAAUGCUCAGCUCCAGGAAUCUGAAACUAAUAAAAAGGAGGCCGAGGACCGAGUUUUACAGUUGGAUUUCUUCUCAGGAAGUGUUGCAGCUGUAAACAUGGAUUUGCACAAUAAGAUUGAGGUUUUAGAGAAUGAGAAUAAAAAGGGUGAGGACCGAGCCAAGGAGGCAGAAAGUGAAAUGGAGAGUGUUGUGGCUGAGAACAGGAAACUGAACGAUCAGCUCCAGGUAGUAGAGGGCCAAGUAGUGAAGUUGAAAUAUUUUUGUGAAAAGGUUGCAGGUGUAAACAUAGUUUUGCACCGUAAGCUGGAGGGGUCAGAGGAGAAGAAUAAAAUGGCCGAGGAGCAAGCCAAGGAGACAGAGAAGGAGAUGAAAACUAUCUUGGAUGACAAUAUGAAACUAAGUGGUCAGAUUAAAAAAUUAAAUAAGAUAAAUAAAGAGAUUACCGCCUUUGCUAAUAAUAGUAAAAGGAAAUUGCAAAGUGUUCUAGCCGUAAACAUGGAUUUGGAUAAGAAGAGGGAGGAGCGAGCUAGUUUGCCAGAUAAGGGAUUGGAAAUUGUUGGAGUUGAAAACAUGAAGGGGAAAUUACAAGGCAUAAGUCACAAGAAGAGUGAACAAACUGUGGAGACCCCAUCGGCAACUCCAACCAAAGACUCUGGCGUGAAAAAACCCACUGUGUGGCGGAUGAAAACGGCCGCAACGACAUCUUCGGCGCCUCCACCAAAGGGUCAUUACGAAUAG